AUGGCGGGCGGCGGGACAGGGCCCGGGGUCGUGAUUGGCGGAGGCGCCCCUGCGAGCCAGCGUGCCAUAGGCGUAGCGCGCUGCACGUGUCCCCACAAGCAGCUGCAGACCUGGCCCCCCUGGCCCCUAGCGGCGCGGCGAUUGGCCGGCGUCCAGCCCCGUCCCCGGCAGCCAACGCUCGCUCUCACCGCCAUUCUUCGCGCACAAUCUCACCCGCUGCCCAGGCCGUGUCCCCUCGAUAUCCUCGAUCUGGCUCGAGACUUACACCAGAUCCCACCCUCUCUCCCCCAUCCUCCUCCCCAGCAACACCCCUGGGGAUUCUCACCGUUCUGGAUCGAAAGAGCGGUGUCGAUUCCUGUCCAUUACAAUACUAACCACGUUCCUCCAACCGAGCGAGUCGACUCUUUCGACUUUUUGCCAACAAUGAGUCUUGGAUACGGCGCCGAUGCCCUGUUGGACCUGACCACUUUCGACCAGCGGAACCGCUACCCAUACACCACCACCGCGGCGCCCACAGCUGCCAAUCCCGCCGCCUUUUCCCAUCCCGCGGCAGUAGCAGCGGCAGCAGCAGCAGCAGCAGCAAUGGCUCCUCCCACGAUGCCGCCCGGAGCCUGGCCCAUGGGCCCGGACAUGGCAGCUGGCCCGCCUGCUCAGGGCAGCUCGACCAUGGUCUCCUCGCCGAACGACUCCCAGCACUCGCACACGCACUCGCAGUCGCAGUCGCAGUCUUCCUCGCCUACCCAGCAGAGCGCGAGCCCCUUGCAGCAGUCUCCGACAUUUCAAGGCGUAGGACAUGUCCACUCGCCCGCGCUCCUCACGGACUGGACCCUGCUCCAGCACCAGCAGCAGCACCCGGCCACCCACGACAUCUCCCAGUUCAUUCAGGAGAGCACGCUGAUCCCGUUCAACCCCUUCCACGCCAAUUUCCCCACCAACGCCAUCGGUUAUCUGCCGGCAACGACGCAGCCUCCCAUGGACCACAUGUCUGUUCCGGGCUUCAACGGCAUGUCCUCCAUGGAGGACCCACAGGCUUUGUCGCAGCCAUGGGAGGGCAUGGGAAUGGCAAACUGGCAAGACUUUGGGGCCUCGCUACAGUUUCCCGCCGAUGGCCUUCCCCGUUUUGGAAGCUUGGGCAGCCAGUCCCCCACCGGAACCUACUUAGAAGUGCUCUCUCUGGGCUCAAGCAGCGACAAUGACUGGUCCCAGGUCAACAUGUACCAGAACUAUGACCAAUAUCAACAAAUCCAGGCCCAAGCCCAGGCCCAGGUGCAAGCUCAGGCCCAAGCACAUGCCCAGGCACAGAGCGCAGCUAUUUUCAACCCGAGCCAGACGCUCCACCUCAGAACAAAUUCCGAUGCCUCGCAUUCCGAUGGCAGCCAACCCCUAGAAAUGAGCAGCAGCUAUGAGGAGGUUGCCCCCUUCAACUACUCGCCAUUUUCACCCGGAUCAGACACCUACUCCGACAGCCACAGGAAUUGCUUCCACAGCGAGACCCACCACAACCACGACAUUGUUAGCCCGUCUGCAGCUGUUGCUCCUAUGGCUAUCAAGUCGACAGCGUCUUCGCCCUCAUCGAGUAGGAGUUCUGGUUCUGGUGUCGUCUCCCCAUCUGCUCAACCCACCGUUCGCAGAGGUUCGGGCCCGAGAAAGAGCCCAAUCGCAAAGUCGACUACCAAGUCAGUCACCAGGAGGAUAUCCAAUGGCAAGAAGGACGGCACUGUCGAGAAGAAGGUCGGUCGCAGAAAGGGUCCUCUGCUUCCCGAGCAGCGGAAGCAGGCCAGCGAAAUCCGAAAGCUGCGUGCUUGCCUUAGAUGCAAGUUCCUCAAGAAGACCUGUGACACUGGCGAGCCUUGCAAUGGUUGCCAGCCGUCUCAUGCACGUCUGUGGCAAGUUCCUUGCACCCGUAUUGACAUCAAGGACAUUGGCUACUUCAUGAAGGACUGGAAAGCAGACUACGAGCGGCACCUGAUGCGUGGCGUUUCCGUCUAUAACGUCAAGGGCUUCUCCCCCAAGGAAUCUGUCAUGUGGAUCACCCACGGUUACGGCUUCUGCUUGCCGGUCAUGGUUCGUGAAGUAUACGUGGCAGACGAGAGCUGCUUCUCGCUUGACUGGGUCGAGUCCUACCAAGCCGACCAAGAGCCCAUUGAGUUUGACAUCCGGACGGAGAAGCUCGACGUUGGUGAGAAGGGUGUCAACAUCGAGGCUCUGGCUGAUUACCUCGAUAAGCACAUCGACGGCGCUUUUGAAACCUUCAUCGAUGAUCACUUUGAGGGAACUCCCUUCAUUACCCAGAUCUUCAAGACCGCACACCGCUUCUACGUCAAGGAGAAGACGCCGGUCAUCCGCAAGGCACUCAAGCUUGUCCUCGCCUACAACCUUACCCUCCACAUCACCAUGGUUGAGCUGCAAGGUUCAGAGCAACUGAUGGAAGGCCAGAUCGAUGACGAGGACUCAAAGUACUACGGAAAAUACGUCGCUCCUGUCCUGAUCAACUUCCAAAUCAAGUGUGCCAUGGCCGACAUGUGGCGUGAGCUGCAAAAAGACAUCCUCGAAGAACUCUCGGCUCUGUACUCGAGUGUCUACAGCGGAGAUCGUCUCAAGAACUGGCCUACCAUCUUCAUGCUUGCUUGCAUCCUGCUGGCAGUCUGGGAAGAGAUGCAGUUCGACUGCCACUACCGAGUGCCUGACCCGAUUGCGGUUGAGAAAUUUUGCAACGACAUGGAAUCGACUCCUGUUGGCGUCAUCACUGGACUCUUCCAUGCCAUCUCCCAGAAAUUGCCGGCUCUGACCGAUUGGGACACCCAGCGUCAUGGCCAGCUCCUCAACAACAAUGUUGCAGUGUGCGAGGCCAUGACUGAAGUACGGCAACAUGUUCUUGAUCAUGAAACCUACUUGCGGUCACGGAACAACACUAAAUUCGACAGGUACGACUUCGACUCGUUGUCGAAUAAGUUCCUGUCGAAGUUGGUCAUCAAGGCCAACUAG